CCGUCAAUAUACCUGAGGUGAAAUAAACAACAAAUACUUAUGAAAUAAAUGGAAUUAAACACGAAAUUGUGAGAUUUGUUAUGACCGGAAACACUUUCAGUUACACAAAUAUCGCGAAGCUCGAGCUCGAUCGGAAAUACGUAAUUCAAAAGACGACUUUCGAUUGUCUCGGGGUUUUUCCUUAUCAAUAUCGAAAAAUAGCGCUCAGAAAAUUUUUGUUGUUGAAAAUUUGAAAUGACGGAAGAUUUUACAUUUUAACGGAAGGAACGGAAGGGGGGCUCAAAUUCGGGAGAUUUUGUCUUCCGACGGAAGAAUCACAGGUCUGACACAAUAUGAUGGAGCCAAUGGCAGACAAGCUGCAAGGUGUGGAGAGCUCAGCCAUUAGUAUACUGAAGCGAGCUGUAGACCUAGACACCAGCAAACGUUAUGAUGAGGCAGUGACAUGUUAUCAGGAGGGACUGCAACUGCUGCUGGAAGUCAUCAAAGGAGUAACUGACGUGCCCAAAAAGGACAGAUUUAGAGAGAAGAUGAAAGAGUACAUGCAGAGAGCAGAGGAACUCAAGAAGUUUGUUAACGAAGAAAGAACAGCUGGAAAACAGCACGAGCAGAUUCAGAUUGAGAACAAUGCUACUGGUUACAGCUACAGUAGACUGUUUUCUAGAUUCCUGAACCAGUUUGUGACGAAUAUUGAGGUGGAGGAUCCAUACAUUCGUUCUAAUCAUCAGAUAUACAAUUUCCUAAGAUUUUGUGAAAUGGUGGUGAAAUCUACAGCACCAGUGAAAGAAAUCCAUCUGUUGACCAGUAGUGAUGAGAGUCCUGAUCUCCAAGCACAACAACAUGAAAAGUUAGGGAAAAUUUCCGAGAGUCUUCAGAAACACAACAUCAAGAUGAUUGUCAAAUACUCUGAUACACUUCACGACCGGGAAAUCAGGUUUGAUACUGGAUGGGUUGUGAAAAUUGGGAGAGGUCUGGACAUUUAUAAAGCAGCAGAGGGCAAGUUUGCCAUUGGGUUUAGUGACUUUGAUCUUCGACCCUGUCACAAGACAACAGUGGAUAUAUUCAACAGAAAAUAUGUCAAGGACACAAGUGAUUCCACCAAGGACAUUGUUUGACCUAUCAGAUAUGGUAUGACAUUUCUGCUAUGGACUUUGUUUGACAACUAAUGGUGUCCAAUGAGAUAUCGUAUGACAUUUCUGCUGAGGGCAUUGCUUGACAACUAGUGGUGUCCAAUCAGAUAUGGUAUGACAUUUCUGCUAUGGACUAGUGGUGGCCAAUCAGAUAUGGUAUGACAUUUCUGCUAUGGACUAGUGGUGGCCAAUCAGAUAUGGUAUGACAUUUUUGCUAUGGACUAGUGGUGGCCGAUCAGAUAUGAUAUCAGUGCAUGACUGUGAUAUAUAUUGACCUGUGUUCUUUGUCUAUUUUUUCAGGUGACUCUUGAGCUCUUAACAUUAGAGAUACCUACAUGUAUUAAAUGUCAUUUUAAAUGAAAAUAACUCUACAAUCAUGGAAUCUGAAUUCUAUAUGUGUAUCUGAAGUUGAAGUAUCGCUGUUUGUAUGUGAGGAAGAUAGCUCAGUAUUGACAUGACAACUGCUGUUGAUUGUUGACAGAUGAUGCUGUUUUGAUGAUCAACAGCUACAUGUAAGCCAUUGAUGUGAUGUCAAUUCCAAUUAAUUAAGAAUAUACCUUAUUAAACUGGAAAUUAUUGCAGCAUUUACAUGUAAAAUCAAUAAUAUUGUUGUGAAGUAUCCAUCAGUGCAUUUUUAUAUUUCAAAAUAAAAAAUAAUCAUAU